GAUAGUUUUGUGGUUACAGCUAGUUAGGACAUUGCUUGAACAUUCCUAGUGAUAAAUGUCUUAUUGCUGAUUGGUCGUUUUAAAUAUUUUUUACAAAUCACAGUACGCCAUAAUUGUUGUCAGUAUUAACGAAUUUUGCUGUCAAAAAAAUAAAUUCCAAGAGAAAAAAGUACUGGUGAAUAUGGCUCAAAACGUAAAUCCAUUUCUGGAACAACAAAAUGAUAUUACAAAGCAAAAUGACGAGUUGAAAAAGACUUCAAAUGAUAACCAUGCAGUGACAAAAAGAUUACACAGUGAACUUAUGACCUUAAUGAUGAGUCAAGAUAAAAGCAUAUCAGCUUUCCCUGAUGGGGAAAACUUCUUUAAGUGGGUUGGCACAAUAACAGGUCCUAAAGACUCGGUCUAUGAAACUUUAAAAUAUAAACUCAGCUUACAGUUUCCUCAUUCUUACCCCUAUACGGCACCUACUGUUAAAUUUAUCACUCCAUGCUUUCAUCCCAAUGUAGAUACCAGUGGCAACAUAUGUUUGGAUAUAUUAAAAGAUAAAUGGUCUGCAUUAUAUGAUGUAAGAACAAUUUUGCUUUCAAUCCAAGUACUUCUUGCUGAACCAAAUAUUGACAGUCCUUUAAAUCCUUUAGCAGCAGCUAAGUGGCAGAAACAAGAGGAGUAUAAGAAAUAUGUUACAGAUACAUAUAAGGAGGCUUGAGGUUAUUUGCUUAAUAUAUUUAGAUUAAACCAAUUUUAAAUGUGAAUGUAAAUUAUUUGUUAAGGAUUUUAUUACUCAUUUUUAAGAUUUGCAAUACUCAGAAAUAUUUGAAUGUGAACUGUUAUUGAUGGUAUUAUUUGUCUUAUUUUUUUGGAUCAUUAGUCCAAGAGUUUCAAGUUUAGAUAUGUAAUAAAUUUGUUAAAUGUCUACUCAUAGCCAGAAUCAAUAUUUGUGAUACAAAACCCAAUUAAAUGUUUUUUUUUAUUCAUAUGGGACAACUGUUUUAUUUUUCAUUUCCGCAAUGCUUUAACAAAAAGUGGAUAUUUUUGUGGAAUUAGUAGCCACUAUAAGAAGGUGGAUUUCAAUAUGAUCCUAUUAUUUUAUAGCUAUUUGAAACAAUGGUCUAAUGAUCCAAAAGUAUAAAUAUUUCUUCAAUAAUUUUAAACACUGUGGCAUAUUUUGAAAAGAUUCUUGUGACAUGCAGAAAUAAAUAUACCACAUUAUUUUUUGUACAUCUUACAUUUUUAGCUUUCAACUUAACUAGGGAUUUUUUGCAAAAUUAAUGAAAAUAUAGCCAUAUAAAAAUCUCACUCAAUUUCUAUGGAAAUUCAAAUUAGGAAAGUAGUUGAAUAUGAGUAUUUUAAUAUUGGAAUCAGCUCUUGUAUUGCCCAGGUGAACAAGGUAAUACUUAGAAUUUUAGGAUAACAUACAAAGCCAUUCUUCUCAUUCGCUUUAUUCUUGGCUUCCAAAGAAACAUAAACGAAUUGAUAAGUCAUAUCCUGUCUUAUUUUUUUUGUAUAUCUAAAAUUGCUUCAAAAUAUAAAAUAUUCCCCAUUCAAUUCCGAUGGAAAUUCUAAUUUAUAAUAUGGUAUUUUUUGCAACUCUAAAUAAUUCUUUUCAUUUUAUUAUACUGGAAUGUAAUGUCCUUAAUAUGCAGAAUGCUUCAAGAAUUCUGUACAGUUUCCAUAACAUCUAAUGUUAUAUUCUAUAUAAUUAUAACUUUAUUUAAUAUUCACAUAUCUUUUAUGUUUAACAAAGUCUAUUCUAAUUUUUUGAACAAUUUUAUUGAAAUUAUUUAUUAUUUGAUUACUGACACUGUAUUGCCUUUAAAUUAUAUUCUGAAGGUUUGUUUUGUUUCAAAUGUUCUAAGAUUGCAUUUUCUUCGUCUUGAGAAUUGAGAUUUGCAUGGUUUUUAUUAUAUACGUCUAUUUAUUAAUCCUCUUUCGUUUUUGUUUGGAUAUUUAAAUUUAAAAUUUGUCUUCAAUAUUUCUUAUAAGAUUUUGAAUAAGAUUAACUAGAUGUUUUCUCAAUUCUAAUAAACAUGUAUUGUUCCAUAUCUCAUGCAUAAUAUUAGGAUUUAUUGGUGUCUUUUAUUUCUUUUGUUGCUAGUCCGAAAGACAUGAAUAAUAAAAUAUAUAUAAGUUUUAUUUUUGGAUCCUUUUAUAUUUGAAAUAUGAAUAUCAUCUGUAGUAUUGAAGUGACUUGAAACAAUUUUUGACAAUUUAUUUUUCUGCUUACUAAUUUUAUUUUCUUGGUUUGAUAUUUGAUCUUUGUUUUCCUUUGUAUUUAAUUUUGAAAAUAUUUUUUAGGUAGAGGAGCUGGUACUUUUAUAAGCUUUUAAUAUUUCUUUCUUUUUAGUUUAUUAUAGAAUAAAAUAAUUUUAAUUUUUUCUGACUAUGAAUAUAAAUAUUAACUAAUUGUCUAUUAAUGUCAAGAUCAAAGGAAGAGUUAUUAUCUAGAUUACCUGUGAUAAUUUUGUUUUGUUUCAAUUUUGUCCCUGGGUGAAUACUGUAUUAUCUUCCAGAUGGGCAUAAUAUAUCUUUAUUUUGAAAGAUUCUUUCUUAAAUUCAGACUGAUCAUUCAAAAGUAAUUAUUUUCAAUUAUUGCCCUGCAAAUUGUAAAGAAUAUUGUGAACUAAUAAAAUUAGUUCUAAUUUUAUGAAUUUCUAAUAAAUAUUUUACUAAGGUA